UUCCUGUUUUCGCAGCUACAGCUGUGUUAGCUUUAUCGGUUACUCAAUCUUGAAGCAGACGUGCUGAUAUAAGAUUUCAUAUUUCCCUUUUUUUGUUCACUACACCUGCAGGAGUCAGUCAUGGUGGCCGAGUGCUUUAGUUUCUGCCUGCAGAUCAUUUUAUUGUUUAACUAUUACACAGUGUGUAGUGCUAAUAUUUCAUGUAGAAAUGAAGCUGGGGAGCCUGUUGACUGGUUCGUCAUCUACAAGAUGCCCAGGUAUAAGAUCGGCGAGGUGGGCAGUGGAGUGGACUACAUGUACCUAGACUCCUCAGCAGAAGGCUGGCACAUGAGUAAAUACAUGGUUAACACCAGUCAGGGAGCCUUGGUGAGCACUCUGAACCAACUUUACAUGGGAAAGGCCUACGAGUCUAACAGUUCAGUCUACGCUCUCUACAAUGAUGCUCCACCGUUGACAGAUUAUAUCCGUGGAUAUGGACACACCAAAGGGGCCAUGCUCUUUGACAACUCUCAAGGUUUCUGGCUGUCGCACAGUGUCCCCCAUUUCCCCUCAUUCCCAGAGAAAGGCUACGUUUACCCCUCCUCUGGCAAAGUCUAUGGUCAGACCGCUCUGUGUGUGACCUACCAGUAUAAACAGUUCCUCCAAAUAGCACAGCAGAUGGCGUAUAUCUUCCCACGUUUCUAUAACUGCUCUGUACCUGCAACCUUCAUGGCUGACCUGCCGCAGUUGGUUCAGUUAUGUAAGGGCUCCAAACCACCGCUGUCCUCAGAUAAGAGAGAGGAGCAACUUUUCUCAAUCAGGGGGGAAAAGUUUGUCAGUUUUGUCAAAUCUGAACAAUUUGUAGAUGACAUCUACACGGGCUGGAUGGCUCAGGUCCUGGACGCCGACUUACUGGCAGAGACAUGGCAGAGACAAGGUCACGAGCUGCCCUCAAACUGCUCGCUGCCCAAACACGUCAUGAACAUUAAGAGGAUCCAGCUUCCUGGGUCAGUCCGGUUUCAGUCCUACUACGACCACUCAAAGUGGUGCGUGUCCUUGGCCUAUGAGGACCAGGUGACCUGUCUGGGGGAUCUUAACAGAGAGAAGGCCCAAAUGUGGCGAGGUGGGGGGAUGGUCUGCACCUUUAACCCACUGAUUUACAAGGCCUUCAGGAAGAUGGUCGACUGGUACAUCGGCUGUUGAACAAGAACAAAAGAUAGGAUGUUUGGGUCUGUACCUAUGCAAUUUGAAUGGGUUUCAAGUUUAAAGGACUUCACAAGAAGUUAGAUACUGUAAAGCAGUUGAAAUGUAACCAUCACAGUAUACGAGUAUCAAAUAGACCUGGACUUGAAGAAAAACAGAUGUUAGAAUGAAACACGGUGGUAAUAUAGUGAGAAAUAUUCUCAUGUGUAAAAGAGCAGUUUUGAAUAUAAUAUCACAAAAGAUUUAUCUCAAUUUCUUUACUGACUCCGACAUUUUCUAUCAAUCUGAGUCUGCUGAUAUUUAAAAUGAUCCUAAUAGGCAAGAACUUGUUUGUAUGUACCGGUAUUAAAAUGAUGACCUUGUUUCACCAUGUUUACGCUUUUAUAGCAACUGACAAUUAAAAACUAAAGCUUUUAUAAUCCAAUCUUUAAGGAUUUGGUUUUUGGAGAAAACUCAUUUUUGUAUCAUGACAUGAGUUAUAUGAUGUCAUUAUAUGUUAUUAACAAAUGUUCAAGAAACAAGAGGCAACCUGACUCACAUUUAUACAUAAGUCUGUGAUUAUGCGAGUAGAUUUUAUGUCUUCAACUUUAUGUUUUUUAGCAAUGCAAAGCCAAAACUACAUGUCUUCUUUUUCAAACUUUAUCUUUAUGACUGUGUUGGCUUGAAGGCUUUAAAAGGAAUAAAUCUGUAUAGGUAAAACACACAGUCUCCCUUGAAUAGCCCCAUCCACAUAACCACCUCAGUCUUGCUCUUGAUCAAAUCCAAUGGAGCUGUCUACCCGGCGGCUGCAAAUUAAAUUCAUUAAAUUGCUGUGUUUCUAGGAAAAAAUUUAACUCAGGAGGUUUGUUUCUUGAAUUAAUGAAAAAAUGCAAAAGGUGUAGUCUGCUUUAUUUAAAAAAGAAGAUUUUAAAAAAAAAUCAGUUUGCAGGAUUUUAGGUCACCAGUGACUCCUAGUGGUCAGACUAGUAGACUCAUACAGUUGAGUAUUUUCUCUGUGAAUUAUUAGAUUGAGUACAGUACUCUUUACAUUUACUAGUAUUGUAUGCCAAAUUCUUACAUUUCUAAUACAAACCCAAACUCUGUCACAGAAUUAAGAUUAUUGCCUGCUGCUCAUACUUCUAUUGAUUUGAAGGAUAUUCUAGAAUAGUGUUUCACAUUUUCUUGAGAAUAAGUGUGUGAAACAGUUGUAGUUUGAAGUUAGUGUAAUAUUGUUCCUACCAACUCUCAGUGUAUCCCAAAGUGGGGGUUCGGACCCCCUGGGGGGUUGCGAGACACUGGGAGGGGGGGUUGCGAGAUGCCUUCCAAAAACAAGACAAAUGACUUAAAAUGGCAUAUUUUACCCAUUACUGUGAAAAGAGAGAUUUGUGCCAUGAUGAAAGUAAAACAUUUGAGUUUCCAUA